AUGCAGCCCUUCAAUUGCGUUAACAAAUAUAUCAACCCAAAAGACUGUGACAACAACUGCAACACACAUCUUACAAACAAAAGACCAAGGCCAACUCAUCACACUAGAAGACCAUCAAGACCAACACACCGCAAGAGAAGGCCACCGAGACCAACACACCACACAAGAAGAACACAUCCCACAAAAAGACCAACGAAACCCACACGUCUCACAAAAAGACCUACAAGACCCACACACCACACAAGAAGACCAAAUCCCACCAAAAGACCAACGCGACCUACUCGUCACACAAAAAGACCUACAAGACCCACACACCACACCAGAAGAACUCAUCCUACCAAAAGACCAACGCGUCCUACGCAUCAUACUAGAAGACCAACGAGACCCACAAAAAGACCAACGAGACCUACACAUCGUACCAGAAGACCUACAAGACCCACACACCACACAACAAGACCUCAUCCUACCAAAAGCCCAACGAAACCUACACAUCAUACUAAAAGACCAACGAGACCUACACACCACACAAAAAGAACAAAUCCCACCAAAAGACCAACGCGACCUACUCGUCACACAAAAAGACCUACAAGACCCACACACCACACCAGAAGAACUCAUCCUACCAAAAGACCAACGCGUCCUACGCAUCAUACUAGAAGACCAACGAGACCCACAAAAAGACCAACGAGACCUACACAUCGUACCAGAAGACCUACAAGACCCACACACCACACAACAAGACCUCAUCCUACCAAAAGCCCAACGAAACCUACACAUCAUACUAAAAGACCAACGAGACCUACACACCACACAAAAAGAACAAAUCCCACAAAAAGACCAACGCGACCUACUCGUCACACAAAAAGACCUACAAGACCCACACACCACACAAGAAGAACUCAUCCUACCAAAGGACCAACGCGUCCUACGCAUCAUACUAGAAGACCAACGAGACCCACAAAAAGACCAACGAGACCUACACAUCGUACCAGAAGACCUACAAGACCCACACACCACACAACAAGACCUCAUCCUACCAAAAGCCCAACGAAACCUACACAUCAUACUCGAAAACCCACGAGACCCACACACCACACAAGAAAAACUCAUCCUACCAAAAGACCAACGAUACCUACGCACCAUACUAAAAGACCAACGAGACCUACACACCACACAAAAAGAACAAAUCCUACAAAAAGACCAACGCGACCUACUCGUCACACAAAAAGACCUACAAGACCCACACACCACACAAGAAGAACUCAUCCUACCAAAGGACCAACGCGUCCUACGCAUCAUACUAGAAGACCAACGAGACCCACAAAAAGCCCAACGAAACCUACACAUCAUACUAGAAAACCCACAAGACCCACACACCACACAAGAAGAACUUAUCCUACCAAAAGACCAACGCGUCCUACACAUCACACACGUAGAACUACACGCCACAAAAAGCCAACACAACCAACGCAUCAGACCAAGAGACCAACGAGAACUACUCGUCACACACGAAGACCAACACGGCAUACAAAAAAACCCACGAAAACUACACGACAUACAAAGAAGCCGACAAAAACUACUUAUCACACAGUCAAGCCAACAAUAACAACAAGAUGUACAAGCACAACAGCUGAGCCAACAUAUCCACCUACAACGGACACACCACCCGCGCCUACAACGGCUGAACCAACACCAGAGCCAACAUCUCCGGAACCGACAACUCCUGAACCUACAACACCAGAGCCAACAAGUCCGGAACCUACAAAUUCUGAGCCAACAACACCAGAGCCAACAACUCCGGAACCGACAGCACCUGAACCGACAACACCUAAGCCUACCACACAAGAGCCAACAACUCCGGAACCGACAACUCCUGAACCUUCAACACCAGAGCCAACAACUCUGGAACCGACAACACCAGAACCAACAACUCCGGAACCGACAACACCUGAACCUACAACACGUAAAUCUACACCAACAGAGCUUACAACUUCGGAAACGACAACAGCUGCAUCAACGACUCCAGCACCUACAACCCCUGCACCUACUACUCCUGAACCAACCAAAUUUUCAACAAUAACAGCAGAGCCUUCAACACCAGAAACUACUACGCUAGCACCCACAACCACGGAAACAUCAUCUACAUCAACAUCCACAAUGCCUCCUUCAACAACUAAAUCGACUUCGACAACUACAACAACAGAUAGCCCAGUCCCAUCAACGACCGCAGCGACAUCAACAACGGAGUCCACAAUUCCAACCAGCACAAGAAUUUCUACUACAACAACCGACUCAACAACUAAUUCUACAAGUUCACCAACAACAAUAACUAACUCAACAACCCAUUUAACGACAUCUAAGUCCAUAACAGAUAGCCCAGUCCCAUCAACGACCGCAGCGACAUCAACAACGGAAUCCACAAUUCCAACCAGCACAAGAAUUUUUACUACAACAACCGACUCAACAACUAAUUCUACAAGUUCACCAACAACAAUAACCAACUCAACAACCCAUUCAACGACAUCUGAGUCCAUAACAGAUAGCCCAGUCCCAUCAACGACCGCAGCGACAUCAACAACGGAAACCACAAUUCCAACCAGCAAAAGAAAUUUUACUACAACAACCGACUCAACAACUAAUUCUACAAGUUCCCCAACAACAAGAACCAACUCAACAACCCAUUCAACGACAUCUAAGUCCAUAACAGAUAGCCCAGUCUCAUCAACGACCGCAGCGACAUCAACAACGGAAUCCACAAUUCCAACCAGCACAAGAAAUUCUACUACAACAACCGACUCAACAACUAAUUCUACAAGUUCACCAACAACAACAACCAACUCAACAACCCAUUCAAAUACAUCUGAGUCCUCAACAGAUAGCCCAGUCCCAUCAACGACCGCAGCGACAUCAACAACGGAAUCCACAAUUCCAACCAGCACAAGAAAUUCUACUACAACAACCGACUCAACAACUAAUUCUAUAAGUUCACCAACAACAACAACCAACUUAACAGCCCAUUCAACGACAUCUGAGUCCACAACAGAUAGCCCAGUCCCUUCUACGACCUCAAUAAUAUCAACAACCGAUUGCCGAGUACCAUCUACAGCCCAAUAGAAAAACCUACAACUCCUACAUCAACAACAACAGCUCGAUUUAUGUAUAGAUUCAACAGUUAGACCAAUAAUAACAAACAAUUGAAUAGCCCUGCUAUAAACAAACGACUCAACAACCACGCCUACAACAAUACCAACAAUAACCAUCAGCAGCUCCCACAAUCAAUAUUUUGU